CUAAUGCAAAGUGUCAUUCUUGGCCUACUGACUCAGGUAGCCGCAGGUGUGAUCUAGUUCAGACUGAUAUGUGACCAGUACCUGGAUAUACAACUUUAGAAAUAACAAGUUGGACAAGAAACAUUUUUUACUUUAUUAUUUAACAUUUAAUCAGGACAUAUUUACAACAAACUUCCUGUCAAAUCUGAACUAAACUUUUACUUCCGACAUCAGUCACGUGACUUCGACCCACCCUAACUCUCGCGAGGUCACAGCACACAUUUAUUCUGACUGCGAGCAGCGACAGAAAUCAAGAUGGAGCAACAACGGGUUUCUAAUUGUUGUUCUGAUGAACAAAUACAAGAGGCAACUGAGGCCUUUGCUCAGUUUGAUGAGGAUAACAAUGGUUAUGUUACUACUGAUGAGCUUGGCAAUGUGUUAGAGUCAGCUGGAAUGAAAAUGCCAGGUUACAAAAUUCGGAAACUAGUGGAAGACUUCGACACUAAAACCAAGGAUGGAAAAAUUCAAUUUGAUGAGUUCAUAAAACUAUUUGAGCAUUUAAAAUCCACUACUGAUAUCGGUGUCAAGUUCAAAAAAGCUGUCAAUAAACGCCAGGAUUUGCACACACAUGGAGGAACAUCGGAGGCAUCCGUGUCUGGAACCACACACAGUGUCAAACAUGCAGAGAAUGCUGCCUAUGCUGAUUGGAUUAACAGGAAACUAAUGGAUGACAAAGAUCUCAAGGAUUAUGGUCUCCCCUUAACUCAAGAUAAUCUAUUCAAAAAGACCCAGGAUGGUGUGAUUUUAUGCAAGUUGAUCAACAAUGCUGUUGAAGAAACAAUUGAUGAGCGCACAAUAAAUAAAACGAAGCUGAAUGCAUACACUCGGACAGAAAACCAGAACCUUGUCAUCAGCUCUGCCCAGGCCAUCGGCUGUACCGUAGUCAACAUUGGCCCAACUGAUAUAGAGAAUGGAGAGAAAAACCCACAUCUUAUCCUUGGUAUGCUGUGGCAGAUAAUCCGGAUUGGUCUGCUGAGUGAGGUGAAUAUUGUGGAUCACCCCAACUUGGCAGUUCUCUUGGAGGAAGGUGAGUCUGUGGAAGACUUGCUGAGGUUGAGUCCAGAACAGAUUCUUAUUCGCUGGGUCAACUACCAGCUUAAAAAAUCAGAAACAGACAGGCGUGUGUCAAACUUCACGGAAGAUAUCAAGGACUCUGAAGCGUAUACUUACCUACUGCACCAAAUUGCGCCUCCUGAUAGAGAAGUUUCAACAAUGGCCAUCCAUAUAUCGGACCCUAAUCAACGUGCAGAGGCCAUGUUACAGGAGGCAGAUAAGAUGGGAUGCAGGAGUUUCAUAGGACCAGCGGAGGUGGUUGGCGGUCAUCAAAAGCUCAACCUUGCCUUUGUCGCUAACUUGUUCAACACCUACCCAGCUCUUGAACAAGCAGCAGUCGAGCCAAUUGAGCAACAGUAUGAAGAAACGCGAGAGGAAAAAACGUACCGUAACUGGAUGAACAGUCUUGGAGUGGAUCCGUUUGUACAUAGACUGUACAGUGACUUGAGUAGUGGUCUAGUCCUGUUCCAGCUGUAUGACGCUAUCAGCCCAAACACUGUGGAUUGGACCAAGGUUCAUAAGAAGUUCUCCAAACUGAAAGCCAACUUUGAAAGAAUAGAAAAUUGCAAUUAUGCUGUAGAACUUGGAUGCAAGUGUCGCUUUUCACUGGUCGGAAUUGGAGGUGAAGAUCUUCACGCGGAAAAUCGCACUUUGACACUUGCUCUAGUUUGGCAGCUGAUGCGUGCCUACACCCUGGCUCUGCUUAGUAGACUGAAGGACAUGCAAGAAGGUCAGACAAUCACUGAUUCACAAAUUGUAACUUGGGCAAAUGAUAAGAUGAGUGCAGAAGGCAAGAAGAGCCACGUGAGGAGCUUUAAUGACCAAGCUCUCUCUAAUGGCAGGAUAGUCCUAGACCUGAUCGAUUCCAUCAAACCUGGCUCCAUCAAGUGGGACAUUGUAAAAGAAGGAGAGGAGGAUGAGGAUAAGAAGCUUAAUUGCAAGUAUGCCAUCUCCAUGGCCCGCAAAAUUGGUGCAAGGGUGUAUGCAUUGCCAGAGGAUAUCCUUGAAGUGAAACCCAAAAUGAUUCUGACAAUAUUUGCCUGUCUCAUGAUCAAAGACCUUACAUCAUAGACGGGUCGAACAAAGACCAGAGAGACAUUGUAACCAUGGAAACCCUUUUAACUCCAAGACGAUUCCAUCUUGUAUUCAUAUGCAACACUUGGACCAUUCAUCCCGAGACGUCCAGGACUGGAUAUCUUGGAAGCAUUGGAUUUGACACUUUAUCUUAAUGUAGCUCGGCAGCAGAUUGGUAUUUUGAUUAUACAUCUCCUGAAGACAACCUGAUGUGACCAGCCUGAGGAGCUAUACCUGAGAAUUUAUCCGAGGUACUCCUUGGCUAGAUAAACUGACUCAAUUGUGGAGGGUACAAAGACACUUGGUGUGACUGAUGUUAUUGAUCUGUGAAUGUAGACUGGAAAAAUAAAACUUUUCAAAUGUUAUACUUUAGAUAUUUUACUAUAACAUGAAGCAUGAAGUCUGCAAAAAUAACAUCUAAGUGAAAAAUUGUUAUGCCAUUUAAGAAAGACCAUGCAAUUUAUGUAGUUAAUGGGUGGAAAAUGUUUAUUUCAUAAAGUCCCACAAAUAGCCUUGUUGUCAGACAAUCUGUAUGGUAGAAAUUAUAUAUAAUAAUACAGACUUCUGGUAAUUCUGCAGUUAUACAGUUUAUCAUACAUUUCUAAAAAAAAACUUUACAUGUACAAAAACCUUUAGAACUGCUAACUCUAGAGACAGCCUCGUCAUAGCAAUGACUGCUGAAGAAAGUUGUUAGAAGCCAUCUCAAAUAUUUGAUGCUGCAUAAAUUGUUGUUUAACUCAUUCACCCCUACAUAUUUAAGUUGACUUACCCAUUCUUUGAUUUGUUAAGAUUCAAAUGUGACUUCAGGGGUGAAUGGUUUAAAGGCAUUUCAAAAAUUGAAACUCUAGAACAGUUGGACCAAUUAUCUUCAAUUUAGAAUGAUCAUCAUGUGCAGGUUUUGUAAUAGGGAUGCGAUGGCACUUUUUCAUCAGAGUUUGAUUUAUCAAUUUCAGGAAGAUGUCUAAUUACAUAUCAGUCGGUCAGUCUGCAAAGUGUAGCAUGGGUUUAACUUCCUAAAGUCCUCAUCAUGUGGAGAAUAAUACUUUUUCGUAUCAAAGAGAAACAUGUAGCUCGACAUAUGAUCAUUACAUAAGCAGAUGAAAAUACAUGCUCCAAACAAUAGGGAUGUGUUUUUUAUUUGUUUUGAACAAAUGGAAAAAAUGAUUUAAGAAAAUUGUUUUGCUUUUCAUGUGGUACAUAUCAUUCUGUAAACAAAUCCCUAUUUAAUGUAAUAAUAGUACAUAAUGGCCAUUCUUCUGAUGGAAUUAACAAUGUAAUAAUAGUACAUACUGGCCAUUCUUCUAAUGGAAUUAACAAUGUAAUAAUAGUAUAUACUGGCCAUUUUUCUGAUGGAAUUAACGUCUGGAUUAUGUUGGGGUUCUUUUUUUUGAAAAGUGAUUUCUCGCUAUUUUUCGUGGGGUUUUUGAUUUUGUUAAUUUUCCUGGGCACUUUUCAGCCAGGAAUUUAUAGGUCCUUGAAGUAAUAACAGUUUGACAUAAAGCUUUUCCCAGUAUGAGCGAAUACAAACUCAUGUACCCAUGAAAUGGUGUUUUUUUUUAGGAAACGAGGAAAUUUGAUCCCCACGGAAAAAUCUAAUUUUACAGUACUGGAAGUCUAUAUUUUUGAUAUUAUCUUAAAUUGGAAACUUAUUCAGUAGAUUUUUUUUCUUUGAAAACUGAUAAAUGGAACUCUAUUUUAUGGAGUUUACAUAACUUGGACACUUUUUCUGUAAUUUUUUUAGCUUGUUCCUACAACAUCAGACAUAGAACAGUGAAGAGGAUUAUGUACUGAUCCGUGCUGACAAAUACCUCUGUGAUAUAAAAGCCAUGUACAGCCUCUGUAUCCGCUGUGUGUUACCAAUGUAAUGUAUCAUUGUGUUACCAUGUAACCCUAUAUAACUUGUUCAUAAACUUACUAACUCAUCAAAGGUUCCGAGAGACGUGUGAUGAAACCUAUUAUACGUUAUUAUUAGGUCAUCCUUGAUAUUUCAGGUGUUGUGCUCUAUUGCAUUCUCUGUACCUCUGUAAUCUAUUGCGACAAAGUCAAACGUUUUGUACGUGCCGUGUUGAUGAUAAAAGCUAACUCGCUGAUUCUUCGUUGUGCACAAAUAGAAUUGAGUAGUAGCGUAAUGGUUAAACUGACUGCGACUAGUUUGAUUAUUUUAUGUACGCCACAGCAUAACGGUAAAAUUGACCAAGUUGGAUGUCGAUUCUUUGUACCGGUAAUCUUCAACGGACAGGUAUCAUCCUAGCACCAUGCCUCUGAUUUUGUCAGUAUGUUGCAGGAGUGAAGAGAACACCAGAAAGCAUAACCCCUAGUUAUUUAUAAUUGGUUAGACAUUUGUUGUUGAUAUACAAAAACAGUUAUUUGUCUAUUGUCAAUAGAUUUGUCUCCUUUUUGUAAUUUGGACCAAGUGUGAAUGUAUUUGUGAUAAAUGCAUGGACCAAGUAUGAUGCAUUUUUGGACCAAUAGUCUGUUUGUAAGGGAAGAUGCACAAUAUGUGAAUGGUUUAAAGUGGCGAGUGGGAUCUUUUCUGUAAAUAUCAAAAGCGUCCAGAAUUUGACACUGCAAGGAAAUGAAACAUUUUGUGGACCAAGAUUAAAGGCAAUUAUAUUUGAAGGUGUUUGGAUUUUAAAUUGAGUUAAGGAUCAUUUCUAAUGAAUGUUGGCUUUCGAACAAAGCAACUUAAAAUACAUUACGUAGAAUAAAUAAUGUUAAUACUGCAUCCCAUGGUCUUGUUGGAGACCAAGUCUUCUUGAAGACAUGAAAAAGGGUGCACAUUGUUGAAUAUUAACUCAUUCACCCCUUCAUGUUUAAAGUGGAUUUGCCCAGUCUUUGAUUUGGUAAGGUUCAAAUUUGACUUCAGGGGUGAAUGGGUUAAACAAAUAUAUACAUUACCAAAUAUGAGUCCUGACACCUAAUGGUAACUUGAGGAAGGGGACCAUGAUUUUGACCAAGAUAUAAAAUUAACAGUUGCCAGUAUUUAUGCAAAUAGUUAUUAUUCACAUAAUAUAGUUUAUACUUCCAUAAUCUGUUGACUAGUGCAAAAAUAUUAUUUUUAUACGCUUGUUAUCUUAAUAAAGCUGAUUUGCGAUUUAUUGUUCUAUAAUUUUUUUUCCUUAUUCAAAGCUAUUUUUUGGCUGGUCUUUUAGCUUUGUUGGGAAUUUUUCUACCUGUUGAUGAGAUUUUUUCUUUCUUUAAGCUACAUAUCUAUUAUAACUAUACUGGACAGUUUUUUCUGUUGCUUGGUUCUGAUUUUGUUAUUUAUUCAAUAUUCAGUAUGGCUAUUUACUGCUGAAAACAUGAGCUCAGAGAUUGCCAUAUUUCGUCCGGAUCUCUUGUCUAGCAGCUCUCAUGAAUAUAUUAAUCCAUAAAUGAGGCCAUUGAUGUCCUGCUUAAGAUGUUUAACAUCCUUACCUUUAUUUGUUUUGGACAGAUGAGAACAUCUUAUACCUUUAUCCGACUCGUUAUUAAAUUUUUGCAAGGAAAAAGUUGUGCAAAAAAAAUUGUAAUCUAUAUUCAAACAAAAUUUGACCCAAAUUUAAUGAUAGUAAAAGUGCUUAUGAGGAUGUUUCAUUGUUAAGGUCCAUUAGUGUUAUCAUCAAGCUAUAUUUCGUGUUUGAGAGUAUAGUGAAACCUGCCUUAUCUGAAACCCUUUGAACAUGUCAUGGUCAGAUGUCAGAAUACAUAAAUCUUUUUCUCAUUCACCCCUGACGACACAUUUGAACUCUUCCAAUUCGAAGGUUGGAAUAGUUCAUUAUGAAAUUUCAGGGAUGAAUGAGUUAGAAAACAAUUCAUAAGAAGUGGGAUAUCAGUAUUCUGUUUGUUUACACAGGAUGUCAGAAUUCUGCGGGGUCAGAUUAGACAGGUUUUACUGUAUAUAAAUGAUGAUGUUACUUACUAAUAUUAAGUCAAGGUGCUGGUACAUGUUUUCUAAGUGUACUUUAUUUUAAUUUAUCAAACGUUUCAGCAUUGUCCCAUCUAAGUGUCACUUCAGAAAAUUUCCAUCAUUCCCAUUAAUCAUGCUAUUAAAAUUGAAUCUGAAUGCAAGAUGUUUUACAAAUUGUGGUUUAGCUCUCAACAUUAUUGUUCAUGGGAAAACUGUUGAAAUGUUUUUGCUUCAUGUAAACCGUUCAAUUAAUUUAAUAUUGCUUCUUUGAUAAUGUUCUAUUACGUUGCUGCUGUUCAUGAUGUAAAAAAGUCCCCAUAUUUUUUUGGGUUACAGAGCCAGAACAUUGCAUGUGAUUAGUGCGAGGAAAGACCGAUAACUAGAUAUUUAGCAGGCUAAUGGAAUCAUUCUUAGUUCUGUUUCUCAAAAUGUGGAAGUUACUCUCAUGAUCAAAUGAAAUACAGAGAUAGUGUUAUUGUAAACAGUAUGAAUAUCUUUGAAAUAUCACAAUACAAAAUAAUUUCUCUCAAUGGGAACAUGCUCCCUAUUUGAAAAUUUUGUGUGUAUUGUUUAAAUUUAUCAACACAGAAGGAAAAAAUAAGUGAAAACAUAUAUAUUUAACAUGCAUAUAUAUAUAUACCUUUUUUGGAAAACAUCACAUUUGAUAUAUUAUUUUGCUCUUUGUAUGUAUAUAAACAUAUAUAUAAAUAUAUGAUAAAUAACACCAAUGAUUGGUUAUAUACACAAAUACUAUUCUUUUAUAUAAUGUUAAGUUUGCCUAUACAUAUGGACCAGCACACGUUGUGUGAAAUUUAUUGAUUUAUACAAUGUAUUGUUUAUGCAAAGAAGGAAAACUUAUACUUUAUUUUAAAUUGAUUUCAAUUAUUCCUAAUUAUAUUUACACUAUUUAACAGACUUGAUAGUUUGUCCUGCUACCUGUAUACCUAUAUCUGUGUCUGUAUGGUGUGGCUAGCCGGAGGGACGGGUGACCAGAAACUAGUUGGUAUGUGACAUGACCGUAUAGGUAGUAAUUAAUCUUUGAUAAAUAAAACUAUAUAUUCAACAAUU